CCUCGGCUCCGUUGACCUUGUCGUUUGAGGCGGCUCUCAUCCUAAAACAUGGCGCUGUACAGGGUGAAGAUGUGCCGGUCUGUUUUGGAUGGAGGUGAUCAGCGGCUCAGAAAAUGUGUCUUAAUGCUGUAUCAGCCUUGCCACCUAUCUACCAAUACCAAACCCAAGAGCGUGUUCUCUGUAAUAACGUCAAAAGCUAAAUACAUAAACACCAAAUAUGAACAAUUUUUGGAAAGAAAGUUUCCAAGGUUUUAUUUGUUAUACUCCACCUUUACAAAAGGUUUCAGGAUGUUGUUGAUGGAUGCAAAAGAAGUAGGGAUGAUCAAACAAAAAAUGAACUAUCAAGGGCUACAGUUUCACCAACUGCCUUACAGGGAAAUGGAGAAGUUGAGACAGUUUCGACAAGAUAUUAGAAAAGCUGCACCUGUGGUUAUUAUUUCCAUUCCACCCUUCGCCAACUACCUAGUUUUCCUCCUAAUGUAUUUAUUUCCCCGGCAGUUGUUAAUUCGUCACUUUUGGACCCCUAAACAGCAGGAAGAGUUCCUUGACAUUUAUCACGGCAUGAGACUGGAGGUCUAUGAUGAUGUCUUAGACGGCUUGUUAAAAGCAGUUCCUCAAGUCACAGAUCAGCAUCUCCAAAGUCAGAUGAUCCAGCUGUGCACACAGGUGAAGCACGGCUCCCAUCCGCAGGUGAACGACAUCCAUGCCGUCCGAGCUGCGUUCUCAGGGCCACCACUGGGUAUGAAGAGUCUCGGUCCUCAACAAAUGAAAUCUCUUAGCCGUGUUAUGUUCCUGACACCGCAUUUGCCAGCAUUUCUUCUUCAGCGUCGGCUUGGGAGCCAUAUCUGCGAGAUACACAACCUGGACUGUGCUCUGCUCCAGCUAGGGGUCAACGAGCUCUCAGAGGCGGAAUUGAAGAGGGCGUGUUAUAUUAGAGGACUGAAUGCCGGUCAGCUUGGUAUCGAGGACUGCAGAAAAUGGUUAAGCUGUUGGCUUCAACUCUCCAGUAGGUUAAAAGUGUCUGAGGCAUCCUUGUUGUUGCACAGUAUGGUCCUCUUAUCUACCAACUACAGCCACUCCUUAAAGCAAUGAUUGCACUAGGGCUCUUGGACAAUAUUCAUCAAUGAAGUUAUGGUUUACAGGUUAAUGUUCCAAGACUAACCCUUGCUGGUGGAAAGCUGGCUUUGAAGUUCUGGAGCAGUCAUGGACAACAGGGAGAUUUCUCUUCCUUUUCUGUGCUGGAAUAACGCACAAAAGCCAUAGUAUGAAAAAAAAAAUUGUAGGUCAUGCCACUUGAAACAGAGAAGGGACCAAGCUAUACACAAAUCAUUUAAACAGGGUUAGCCUGUUUAAG